AUGCAUAAGCGAACGCUUAUGCAAAAAAUUGGCAUUGCAGGUGAUAAUGACAUAUCAACCAGCAACAAAAACAAUACUGCGCCAGAAGUUCCUGCAUGCUCUUUACCAUUGUUACAAAUAUGGCCUAGUCAAGAUUCGCCUCGAGGAGAAGCAGAUGGGCAUAGCUUUAUAUUUCCACCAUGUGAAGGAUCCUCACCGAAUCAGUGUUAUGAUAUAGGAAUCCAACAUGACUCUGGAAUUGAUUCUGUGCAGGCAUCACCAUCUCCUGGUGCCAUAGCACAAUGUAUUAUAAACCCGCCAACGACCAACACAUUAACAUCGCCAACUUCCAGUAACACACGUAAACACAGUCUUUCAUCACCGACAGCAUCAAAUAUACGUCGGUCCAGUAAUACACUGUUACAUCCAGAUCAUGCAAGACUGUUACGAAUACAACAACAAUUACAGCCAACAUCACCAGAUUAUAAUACAUCCACGGAAGAUUUGUCGGACUUCCAUACAAGUCUUGGAUUGUCCACAUCGUCAAGUACAACAUCAUCCCUUACAUCUGUAGCAGCAACAUCUGUUGCAGUUAUUGGUGGCUCAACACGUUCAACAAAUGAUUACGAUCAUCGAAAAAGUUCAAUAAUGACCACAAGAUAUUCAUUAUUUGAUGCUUUAGACUUAGAAUAUGCCUUAUUACGAGCGGCAGCUAGAGGAAGUGUUGGUUCUUAUUCGUUGGGUGAAUCAUUACAUAAAUUAUCAUUUACACAAAGUCUAGCAUUUCCAGCAUUGGCCAGAAGUUUUGCUGGUAAACGACGUGUAUCUGCACAAAGUCAAAUUAAUCGCCCGUUAAAUCCAAAUGAAAGUGGGUUGAAUACAUUUGCGAAAAUUGUAACAGCGUUGGUUUUAGUAUUGGUGAGUGUACUAGUUUUCGGUGUGGUUUAUAAAUUUGUAAGGACGUGAGGGUUACUUUUAACACCAAACAAUUCACCGCAUGGUUUAAUACCAAGUGUAGCAUCAUCAGCAGGUAGGGCAGCUCCAUUAUCAUCUCCACCAGUAGCUGGAACAGCCGCACAUCUAGUGGCAAAAAAAA